CCCGCUCGGGCGGCCGCGGGCAGCAUGGGCGGCGGGGUCCGGCCGGCCGGGACGCGGCUGCCGCGGCUCGUCCUCAGGCUCUUGUGCCUUCUCCCCGCAGGGCUCCCGGUGCGCAGCGUCGACUUCUCCCGGGGCACCGACAACAUCACCGUCCGACAGGGAGACACCGCCAUCCUCAGGUGCUACGUGGACGAGCAGAGUUCAAAGGUGGCGUGGCUGAACCGAUCCGGCAUCAUCUUCGCGGGGCAGGACAAGUGGUCACUGGACCCGCGGGUGGAGCUGGAGAGGCGCACGGCGCUGGAAUACAGCCUGCGCAUCCAGAAGGUGGACGUCCAUGAUGAGGGCUCCUACACCUGCUCUGUGCAGACGCAGCAGCAGCCCAAGACCCUGCAGGUCUACCUCAUCGUGCAAGUGCCCCCGAAGAUCUCCAACAUCUCCUCGGACGUCACUGUGAAUGAGGGCAGCAACGUCACCCUGGUCUGCAUGGCCAGUGGCCGCCCCGAGCCCGUCAUCUCCUGGAGGCACCUCACCCCAACCGGAAGAGAAUACGAAGGGGAGGAAGAAUACCUGGAGAUUCUUGGGAUCACGCGGGAACAGUCCGGGAAGUAUGAGUGCAGAGCUGCCAACGAUGUUGCCUUAGCAGACGUGAAACAAGUCAAGGUCACUGUGAACUACCCACCGACCAUCACAGAGUCCAAGAGCAACGAAGCCUCCACAGGGAGGCCGGCCUCCCUCACCUGUGAGGCGGCCGCGGUGCCCGCACCGGACUUCGAGUGGUACAGAGAUGACACCAGGAUAAACAGUGCCAGCGGGCUGGAGAUCCGGAGUGUGGAGGGCCAGUCUCUGCUGACCGUCAGCAAUGUCACAGAGGAGCAUUAUGGGAACUACACCUGUGUCGCCGCCAACAAGCUUGGGGUGACCAACGCCAGCCUCGUCCUUUUCAAACGAGUCUUACCCACAAUCCCCCACCCCAGUCCAGAAAUUGGCACCACCGUGCACUUCAAGCAAACAGGACCCGGUUCCGUCAGAGGAAUCAACGGCACCAUUGCUCUGACCGUGCCGCUGUGGCUGCUGGCGGCAUCCCUGCUCUGCCUGCUCAGCAAAUGUUAAUAGAAGAAGAAUUUAAAAAUAAAAACAAAACACCGACAACACACAAAAACGCGUCAUAAAGGAGCCAGAGAGAGAGAGAGAGCGGAGAGAGAAAACUGCCCCUUCCACUCGCCACGGCGCACUGAGCCGAGGGGAGAACCAGAGCCACCUGGCAGAGCGGAACAAGGGAAACGAUCGUGAAGCCACAAAGCCCAUCAUAUCACCGCCUUGGGCCCGGCGCGGGAAAGCUGCGGCCCCCUGCACUCGUGUGUGCGCAAGUGCGUGUGCCAACCGCCUCCGACCGUGCCCAGCCCAUGUCACACUAAGGACAUUCAGAUGCUUGAAAAAGCAAAAUGCCUCAUGACAAUGUUUCCCCUUCUUUUUUUUUCUUCUUCCCUUCCCUCCUUCAUCCCUCCCCAUCUGUGAAACCUGACAUCACCGCCGCCACCACCACCACCACCUCCCUGGUUCCCCUGGGGGCACUUGUCAGCCACCAGCCUCCCCAGGGGCCAAAUCCUAGCCACAUCCCAUCUGCAGCGGGCCCGGGACCCGGGGGAGAGGGAGGAGGGUCUCCUGCCUCUGCCCCUCCCACUCCUCUAGCCAGCCUCAUUCUCCCCUCCAGCCUGCCCAGGCCUCCGGUCCGCCCCCUCUCACUCCUCCUGCUGGUCUUGCUGCUUCCUUUUAACCCUCCCCUAGGCUCAAGUGGAUCACAUUCACUCCCCCUGCCACCUCCCUGCAGUCAAUCUCAUCAUUCUCAAUUCCUCCCCUCUGGGUGCCCCCCCUCCCCCACGGGUCUCUCCUUCCCAUGGGCGUAUGUGUGUGUAUGUGUGUGGGUGUGGGUGUAUGUGUGCACAUGCAGGGGUCCCUCUCUCUAUAAAGCAUGCCAAGGGUAUGGCUUGUGUGUA